GCAAAACUAUAAAAAAAAACAUUUGUGGAUAAGGUUAAGCCAAGGGGGCGUGCAGAACAGCAAUCAACCUACCCCCAUCAUCAGAAUCAAGAAUCUCUGAGAAUUACUGCAUUAGAUAUUGCUCGAAGCAGAGAUGGAGGUAAGCAUGUCGUCGCUGAAUCCACUAGUGAGGCUGCCCUUAUCGAACGGUGGAACUCAUGGAGGAGGUGGGAUUCCCCUCAUCAGACACUCAUUUUUAUCUUCUUCAAAAGCGAAGGGAUUGCAGCAGCAGACGCGGCGCAAAUCGAUGGUUGUUGAAGCCAAGGGAAAGAAAGGAAUGGCCUCCAGGCAGUACCAGAGAGCCCCUCCUCCUCCUCUCCCCAAGCUUGAAGACGAUGGAAACCCUAAGUUUGUCAUCUUCAUCCGCAUGGCCAAUGUUUAUCUUUGGUACCCGCUUAAUAUCGUCACCGGCGGCACGACGGCGAAGAUCAUGGUGGCUGCAAAGGAUAAUUUUCUGGGGAAAUAUAUUUACAAAGACACACUGGCCAGGAAUCUCGCAGCUGUUAUUUAUAAAGACGAGAAGGAACUACAGAAAAUGGCGAUGAAGCAGUUUCGCCCGCUGCGUUCUGCUACAGAGUUUCGUUAUGGCUACAAACUUGUCGAAAACAGCAACUUGAGGGCUGCGCUAGCUGCGAAUGAUGUAAUCGAGCUCCCUCAAAAGGAUGAGCUCAAAACAGUUGUCGACAAAGUGAAGGACUUCUUCGGGGAUGCUAAGGAGUCGUUUGGGAAGAUUACAUUCUUGAAUUCGGAAACUGAUUCGACGCAAGAAGAUACUAAAAAAGAAUCGAAAGAAAAAUCCAAAUCUCUUUAGGUUGCAAACUUGAAGAAAGAAGAUGAAGAGGUUCUUUCGAUUUUUCAUGUUGGUAAUUGUCAUCUACCACACUGGUCUGAAUUUCAGUUUUGUACUAUACAUAUAUAUAUAUAUAUAUUUCAAAAAUUACUGUAAAUAAAUUAUGACAAAUUUUGAAAAACUAACAAAAAUCAGUGAACAAUCUACAAGCAAUUUCUUUCA